GGCAGCGCCGCCCGGCGGGCGGGGCGCGGGCUAUAAAUCCGACCCGCGAGGGAAGGCAGCGGCGGUCGGAGCGCGGCGGCGGCGGCGCACGGAGAGCAGCUGUUGCGAUACCAGCUACUGACCAUGUCAACAGAGUUCCAGGAUGCCCACCUCGCAGAGGUGAAACCUCUGGUGGAGAAGGAAGAGGCUAUCACUCGCCUCCUACCAGACUUCGAUGUUCAGGAGCAAGAUGUGGAGACUGUGCAUGGCUCGGUCCAUGUCACCAUGUGUGGGACUCCCAGAGGGAACAGACCUGCUAUCCUCACCUACCAUGACAUUGGGCUGAAUCAUAAAACUUGCUUCAAUCCUCUGUUCAACUUUGAGGAUAUGCAGGAAAUCACUCAGCACUUUGCAGUUUGCCAUGUGGAUGCACCUGGUCAGCAGGAUGGCGCACCAUCUUUCCAAACUGGGUACGUAUAUCCCUCCAUGGAUCAGCUGGCUGAAAUGCUUCCCGGAAUCCUGAAACAGUUUGGGCUGAAGACUGUUAUUGGCAUGGGGACUGGAGCUGGUGCCUACAUCCUGACCAGAUUUGCUUUAAACCACGCAGACAUGGUGGAGGGAUUAGUUCUCAUUAAUGUAAAUCCUUGUGCUGAAGGUUGGAUGGACUGGGCAGCAACAAAGAUUUCAGGUUGGACAAAUGCUUUACCAGACUUGGUCAUCUCACAUCUUUUUGGAAAGGAAGAGAUUCACAGCAACCCUGACCUGAUCCAUACUUACCGUCAGCAUAUUAUUAAUGAUAUGAAUCAAACCAACCUUCAUCUCUUUGUCAACUCUUACAACAGUCGGCGAGACCUAGAGAUUGAACGCCCUGUUCCUGGAGUAAAUGUUGUUACCCUUCAAUGCCCUGUCCUCCUGGUGGUUGGCGACAGCUCCCCGGCGGUGGAUGCUGUGGUUGAAUGCAAUUCAAAGCUGGACCCAACAAGGACAACGCUUCUGAAGAUGGCUGACUGCGGUGGGCUCCCCCAAGUUUCCCAGCCUGCAAAGCUUGCAGAAGCUUUCAAAUACUUUGUUCAAGGCAUGGGAUACAUGCCCUCUGCUAGCAUGACCAGGCUGAUGAGGUCCCGUACCGCUUCUGGCUCCAGUGUAACGUCUUUGGAAGGACAGAGGAGCCGGUCUCACACUGGAGAAGGCACAAGAAGCCGGUCUCACACUGGGGAGGGAACUAGGAGCCGAUCCCACACCGGGGAGGGUUCCAGGAACCGCUCCCACACAGACACGCGCAUCGAGCUGACGCCGAAUUCAGCAAGCAAUGCUGAGCAAUCAGGCCCCAAGUCCAUGGAAGUGUCCUGUUAAGUGUGUGCAGGAGGUUUAAACUGGUCACAGUCUGGAAAAGUAAAGGAUGCCCCCUGUGUACCACAAAAACAUAACUGGUAUUAAUCUCAAGCUAUUCUGUAAGAUGAGCUCUGUUCACCAGGGUCUGACGGGGACCAAAGAAAAGAAGCAUCUCAUUUCCUUUAUCAUUACUCUUGUAACUCAGACAGCUGCUGCUAUUGUGCCCUCCUUCAAUGGAUGCCAAAUUCUAAAGGAAACUUGCCAAAAGCUGAUAUUGUUGUAAACAUUUCAGAGUCAAACCAGACAGGCUUAAUAUCCUCCUUUAAAAUCAAAACUAUUCCACGUCCCUACGUCCCUUUAUCUCUAAUUCUCUUGAAGUAAACUGGCACAAUUUGAGAUGAGUUUCAAUGAGGGGGAGAAAAAUUACUAUUGUGGAUGGCUUUUAAAAAAAGGAAAUGAAACAAAUGUGUUACGGCCUCAUGUUGAAGCUGGAGUUGAAUGCAUUGUAUAUAGCUUGACUUCAAAUGAUAGAGAAGUUAAUGUAUCAUGCAUUUAUAGAUCUUCUAAUUCAUUAGUAUUCAAGCCUGUUUUCCUAUGUAUAAUAAUAUACUACUAAAAUAGGCAGAUUUAAUGUGACUUUAAGACGAACUAAAUCUUUAAGCUUUUUUAUUUCACUUUUUUUGAGAUUUAGUUCUGGUCUUCCUUUCUUUCACCCCUCCUAGACCCUAAACCCUGCUUAGCCAAAUGAGGACAAGAUUUAAAUUUUAUAAGCAAGGUAGAAUCUCCUCUUUGGGAUCUUGGGCCAAAGGGUUUACAAUACUGCAAAAGCUGCUGUAGUUUGAACAAGUAGGAUAGCCAUACAUGCCAGCAAAGCAGAAGCAGCUUGAUUUUUACUUCAGACAGCUUCUUAUCUUUACAGCUCAAGUUUGUGUCCAGCACAAUUGUAAGAAAUUCAGAAUUCUGUAAGCAAAGCCAGAUCCAGCUGUUCUCUCUCAAGAGAGAUGAAUAACUGUGGAAUGGCAUGUAAUUAGAUACUGUACAUUCAACUGCCACUAAUUACUAGAAUUGAAACUGAGUUCUCACUGGUGCUGAGAAGUAUAUUCCACAAAGUGAUGGAGCGGCAACACUGUUACUGAGAAAUACAGUGUUUAAUGACUGCAUAAAUGUAAUGAUCUGCUGGUUCCGCAUCUUUGUGUAGCCACCUGAUACCUAGGGUUACUUGUGUUGAUGCUAGUGGUUUGAUAUCUUUCCACCAGUCAGAUUUUCACAGUUGGGUGUUCUUAAGUUUGUCUUUCCAUAUGUAGUGGGAUGGGAUUUCCUGAGCUUCAAUGCAUACCUGCUGCAUUGCAGUCCUUGCAUAAACAAGAAAACAGUUAAAUAGCAAAUGUUAAUACUUUGGGAUUGCUUGUUCAGAAGAACACUGUCUAGGUUACUUUAUAUUGACUAACUUCAGCUCUUGUGUAGAAUAUCCAUAGUGGUUUGUGGGAAGAACAGACAAUUUCAAGAAAGAAUAAAGCUAUUGUGUAAAGUCUAUCAAGAAAAGUUUCUUAAUGAAGUAUUUGUAUUUAUUACAAAACAAAUAAAUUUGUAACUUUGCAA